CAGGACCAUCAGGGCCCGAGCGAGGACUCCCAGGCUGCCAUCGGCUCAAUCGGCACGUGCAGACCUCAGCUGAAGUGCGCACUUUGCUGAGAGCUGUCGAGCGCUGUGUGCAGUUGUUUGCUGAAUAAACUUCAGGUGCCGUGGUGAAGGCGUGAUUCUCGAGGACCCAGCUUUCACUUUAUAUAUAUUCUGGCAUUUGUAACGAUUUGUACUGAUUUGAAAGUAUGAAUAAAAAUAACCUUGAAGACCCAUAUGAUGCCUGUUGCCUGGGAUGCAGGGAGAAAGACAUCAAAACUCUAGAGCAACGGAUUGAUGAUCUGCAGCGAGAACUGGCUGUAAAAAGUAAUGUGAUUAUAAACUUGCAAUGUGCCUCCGCUAUUCCUAGAGGUGAGGCUUUGGACACUUUAGCACAUGGCACCAAGGACGACCUACCUAAACCCAGGAGACGUGACAGCCAGCGUCCAGCAGCAUUUCAUUUAUCAGAGGACCCAACAGCAGUUUUAACAAGAGAGAGAGACUGUAAGUUAACAGCUGAAAACAGUCAGCUGAAUGAACGGAUAAAUAAGUUUCAAGAUGAGCAAAAGCAAUUCAAAUCCAUCAUUGAACAGCAAGAGCAGGAACUGAGAAUGCUCAGGAAGCAGCUCGAUGUUGGGCUCUACAGACAUGACCAGCAGCAAUGUCAUCACCCGGACGUAAAGGUGAACAGGAAGAUGGCUGAUCCAUUCUCAUUGAAGGCUGGUCCUUCAGCAAAGACUGAUCAUCUCACAAACGAGUAUGAACUUCCACCUUCCCCUUUAAAUAAAAUAAAAUGGGUGCAUUAUAACAAACCUUUCCUUACAUAGCACAAAUCUCCUCUAGUGAUAUUGCAACAUCAAUAUUUUUCUUCAUAUGCAAUAGCGUCAAACCUUUAUGUCAAAUAUUUGAGUUUUGUUUAUCAGAUGUAGCAAAUUUUAGUUGUACGUUUUAAGUCUCGAUCUCGCUCUCUCUCACCUGGGACUGUGUUCUUUAAAGUUGUAAAUGAAUCCCAGCACACAAGAAUUGCACACUCACUCAUGGCACGAAGACAAAAAUAACGGGUCACUGUUGGUUGUAUUCAGUGAUUUUUUUUCUCCUACUCCCCAUCUUGGCUGGUUUCACCAGUUAAGCACAAAGAUAAGGGGAUCCGUGACUCUCACCCAGCCCAUGAUAAUACAGUCUUAGUUAUUUAUUAAUCACUCACACUCACUAGUUAAAUGAAGAUGUAUUGUUCAGUUGGUGUAAAGAUGUUAUCAACACAACCAAUUAAGGGCUGGGAGUGCUGUUUAAUGGUGCUUGAUUUGAAGAUAUUUAAUUUGUUGGUGCAAUUGCAUUUAGAAAAUUGUGUGCGGUAGUAGGCAACUGAAUGUCUAAUGGUCAUUGGGGCAAAUAAGCCAACACUUGUCUGUAGUAGAUUGUGUUGCCAUGUGGCACAUUUGACUGUUGGAGGUGGGAUGGAGAUUGUGUUUCAGAUUACAUUAUUGCAUUAAAGGAAAUUCAAAGUAGGGAGAUGGAUAAUUCUGAAAAUUGGAAGUUAUGAAGAGUACCGAACUACUAUUUUUCACUGAAGAUGAUUCAUGAUACGUGAUCCAGAUUUUCCACAUGCUCAGAGAUGUAAAUAUGGACAACUAUCUGUUUGAACAGGAUUGAAAGCUAAAGUGAUAAAAAUAAACUGAAGUCUAAUCAAA